CCUUGCCUAACAUAGACUGAGCCUGUGUAGUUUUUUUCCAGCCUUCUGUGUGCUUGUUUGUGUGUAUUUGAAAGGGGGGUGGUGGGGGGGCGGUGUAAACAGUGCCAGCAGCAGCAGCCAUGAUGGAUGCGGCGGAGUGCGGGGUGAGGGUGAUGUGCCGCUUCAGGCCCCUGAACGAGUCCGAAAUAAACAGAGGGGACAAAUACAUCCCCAAAUUCAAAGAAGACGACACGGUGGUGAUAACGAGUAAACCCUACGUGUUUGACCGCGUGCUGCCCCCCAACACGUCCCAGGAACAGGUGUACGACCAGUGUGCCAAACAGAUAGUUAAAGAUGUGCUGGGCGGCUACAACGGGACCAUCUUCGCUUACGGACAGACGUCCUCCGGAAAGACACACACCAUGGAGGGCAAACUGCACGACCCCCAGCUGAUGGGAAUCAUCCCUCGCAUCGCUCAAGACAUCUUUGACCACAUCUACUCCAUGGACGAGAACCUCGAGUUUCAUAUCAAGGUUUCCUAUUUUGAAAUCUACUUGGACAAGAUCCGAGACCUCCUGGAUGUGUCGAAGACGAAUCUUGCUGUGCAUGAAGACAAAAACAGAGUGCCCUAUGUCAAGGGUUGUACUGAGCGUUUUGUGUCCAGUCCGGAGGAGGUGAUGGACGUCAUCGAUGAGGGCAAAAACAAUCGGCACGUGGCAGUGACGAACAUGAAUGAGCACAGCUCUCGCAGCCACAGCAUCUUCCUCAUCAACAUCAAGCAGGAAAACAUGGAGACGGAGAAGAAGCUGUCGGGGAAGCUCUACCUGGUCGACCUGGCGGGCAGCGAGAAGGUCAGCAAGACAGGAGCAGAGGGAGCCGUGUUGGAUGAGGCAAAGAACAUCAACAAAUCUUUGUCGGCGCUGGGAAACGUAAUUUCAGCUCUGGCCGAGGGAACAAAAACCCAUGUGCCGUACAGAGACAGUAAGAUGACUCGCAUCCUGCAGGACUCUCUGGGGGGAAACUGUCGCACCACCAUCAUCAUCUGCUGCUCGCCGUCCGUCUACAACGAGGCUGAGACCAAGUCCACACUCAUGUUUGGACAGAGAGCCAAGACCAUCAAGAACACGGUGUCGGUGAACCUGGAGCUGACGGCCGAGGAGUGGAAGAAGAAAUACGAGAAGGAGAAGGAGAAGAACAAGAGCCUGAAAAAUGCCAUCCAGAGGCUGGAAGUGGAACUGAACCGCUGGAGGAACGGGGAGAAAGUUCCUGAGGACGAGCAACUGAGCGCUAAAGAUCAGAAGGGCGCCGAGCCAUAUGACAACACUCCCGUCAUCGACAACCUGCUGCCGCCCGGAGGAGGCGUCUUGCUCCCCGCCAACGAGCGGAACCAAUACGAGGACGACGUCAGCAACCUCUACAAACAGCUGGAUGACAAGGAUGAUGAGAUCAACCAGCACAGUCAGCUGGCGGAGAAACUCAAGGAGCAGAUGAUUGACCAGGAAGAGCUGCUGGCGUCUACGCGGCGUGACUACGAGAAGAUCCAGGAGGAGCUGUGUCGGCUGCAGACGGAAAACGAGCUGGCCAAGGAGGAGGUGAAGGAGGUGCUGCAGGCCCUGGAGGAGUUGGCCGUCAACUACGACCAGAAGAGCCAAGAGGUGGGGGAGAGAGACCUAGCCAAUCUGCAACUGGUGGAGGAGCUGCAGCACAAGACGGCGUUGCUGUCAGCGGUGCAGAGCGAGCUGAGUCAGCUGCAGGAGCUGAGCGGUCUACAGAGGAAGAGAGCCGCCGAGGUCCUCAACCUGCUGCUGCGAGACCUCAGUGACAUUGGCACCAUCAUCGGCACCGGUGACGUGAAGACCACCGCGUCGUCCGAGACGAAGGGGAACGGCUUGGCGGUGGAGGAGGAGUUCACCGUGGCUCGCCUCUACAUCAGCAAGAUGAAGUCUGAGGUCAAGUCUCUGGUGAACCGCAGCAAGCAGCUGGAGAGCGCUCAGGCCGACACCCACCGCAAGAUCCAGGCCAAUGAGAAGGAGCUGGCGUCCUGUCAGCUGCUCAUCUCCCAGCACCAGGCCAAGAUCCGCUCUCUGACGGACUACAUGCAGAACAUGGAGCAGAAGAAGAGGCAGCUGGAGGAGAGUCAGGACGCUCUGACCGAAGAGCUCGCCAAACUGCAGGCUCAGGAGAAAAGACACGAGGUGUUGGGAGAGGAGAAGGAGGACAUCAGCAGACUGGAUAGAGACGAGGACAUCGAGAAAGCGCUGGAGGAGCAGCUGGAGAACCACCGGGAGGCUCAUCAGAAGCAGCUCAGCCGCCUCCGAGACGAGAUCGGAGACAAGCAGAGGAUGCUGGACCAACUCACAGAUCUAAACCAGGGUCUGCUACUGGAGCAGGAGAGACUCAUGUCGGACUAUGACAAACUGAAGGCCAAAGAGCAGGAGAAGGAUGCAAAGCUACAGAAACUCAUACUGCUGAAUGAACAGAGGGAGCAGGCCAGAGAGGACUUGAAGGGAUUGGAGGAGACAGUGGCAAAAGAGCUGCAGACUCUGCACAACCUGCGCAAACUCUUUGUUCAGGACCUCACCACGCGGGUUAAGAAGAGUGCGGAGCUGGACUGUGAGGAGGGACUUGGCAACGUGGCCCAGAAACAGAAGAUCUCCUUCCUUGAGAACAACUUGGAACAGCUCACCAAGGUCCACAAGCAGCUGGUACGAGACAAUGCAGACCUGCGCUGCGAGCUGCCCAAGCUGGAGAAGCGUCUGCGGGCCACGGCCGAGCGAGUCAAAGCCCUGGAGAACGCCCUGAAGGAGGCCAAGGAGAACGCCAUGAGGGACCGCAAGCGCUACCAGCAGGAGGUGGACCGCAUCAAAGAGGCUGUGCGGGCCAAGAACAUGGCCAGGAGAGGCUACUCCGCACAGAUCGCGAAGCCCAUCCGACCAGGCCAUCAUCCACCGUCAUCCCCCAUCAGCAGCUCCAUCAGAGCCGGAGGCGUCUACACCCACAACAACUGACGCCACAACAGCAAGUUAAACCUCCGGACCGUAAAUAACUGCCGCAUGCUAAACCGCCCCACCUGGAACCACAAACCCCGCCCCUCCUGUUGGACCACCAAUGGGAGGCCAUCACGACAGACUGUCACCACUCAGAGAAGCAACAUCCAAACAUCCUUAUAUAUAUACUAAUAUAAGAUGUAGACAUAUUUAAUUUGCUGAAUGUAGAUAUCAGAGGCCUCAUUUAGAAAAUAAACCAGCAUUCCUUUGUUUAUAAGGAAUAGUUUGACAUUUUGAAAAAACACGCCUAUCUAUUAUCUUGCUGAGAGUUGGAUUAGAAGAUGUAUACCACUUCGUCCAACCAAUGCAAAGAAACAAGACAUGAGAGUGGAAUCAAUCUUCUCAUCUAACUAAAGAAGAAAAUACGAGUAUUUCCCAAAAUGUCAAACUAUUUCAAUUUGGGGGGGGGGAACAGUUUAUGCCAUUGCAGCUAAUGCCUUUAAGUUUCUCAUCUUGAUUAAGUUAAGGUUCGAGUUAUAGUUCAGGUGGAAGUGAAGUGCAGCCACUUUGUGAAGACAAAAACACAUAUUGACACACAGUUGGUUAAAUGGUUGUGUUCCUCACUUCUGAAAGGCCCUGGCUGCAUUCCUAUACUAACGCCUAAUAUCUAUGCUGAUACCGUGUUGUCUUUGGAGUUUUUGUCCCUUUUUUGACAUUUCCCCAGUUACUGUUGCCUCCUACAUCUCUCUACAGGUGACAAUCAUCAAAAAAUGAACACUACAAAUCUUUUAAAAAGCAUGUCCCCUACUGAGAUAUUUUAACAGUUGAAAGGAUUUGUGAUUGGCUGUAUCAUGCUGUAGUCCUGCAGGGACACUGACCAGCCAAUCAGGCGUUCCCAGGGCUCAGAACAGUACUACAGUCUGGUUUGUUAUGUUACUACCACUACUAGGAAGAGUCUUGUAAAGUUCUACACUCACGCUGUAAAACUGCUGAUCAGCCAAUCAGAGACGUUAAAUACACAGAGUUUAUGACAGACUAAUGAAUUUACCGAAAACUCUCCCUCCGCCACACCUUGUGCCUUUUGAAACCCCUGAACUUAUAUUUUUACAGGUAAAAAACACCUUGCAAGGUUUUGCAGAAUAACUUCCACUUCCUAUUUUCAAAUUGAAAGCAGAAACAUUGUAAUCAAUGAGACCCUUUGACUCUAUAUUUAAAGAUAUAUAUAAAUGUCUGUGCUGUUUUGUCUUUGUGCUGCCAGUUUAGCAUGUUCUUGAAUGCACAAUACUAUCUUGAGAUGAACUACUUUUAGUUUCUGAGAGCGAUGAUACAAAGGGGCAACAAAGCGGCAGUAACAGUGGUGAAGUCUAGGUGAUAUGCAGGUAUGAAAACGGCGUACACCCACUAGGACAGGUCGAGGAUUUCCGUACACCCACUUAGAAAAGCAUGAGGAUAACGUUACAUUACGUUUUUUUGUGAUCGAGCUUGUUGCGAGUUGCGUAGGAACAAACAACACGGUGGAUUGGCGGUCAAUCUUUGCGCAAAUUUGAACUAAUGUGAAUCACUAAAGGAGAUGUGUAAAACAAAAGCGAAUUUAACCUUAACCUGCUCCUGAAGCUAUACUACCGCUUCAGGUGACACUGCAGCAGACGGUAACGUUACAGAAACUACAGAAAAUGAUCCAGAUGAGGCGGGUGCUAUACCAGGGUUUUACGCCAUUUAGUUAGUGCAAAACCCAAGCUGUUUUGGGCAGCACCUAAAGCCAAAUGAAUACAACUAAAAGACUUUUCUCAGAUCUAAUGAUUAUAGUUGGACUUCUUUAGCAACUUUUGUCUUUAAGCUUUUUGAGUGUUAGUUAUUUAUUAUCUGCUCUACCUUUUCCAACGUUUUAGACAUGAAAAUGGAGAUAGUAACGGUCCAAAAGGAUGUGAAAAAGAGACAAAGGGACACAAACCGAUUUCAAAGAGACGCUAAAUGACCAUGGAGACCCAAAACAACCCCAAAGGAAACAGAAAUGACCAAAAAGAGACCACACGACUACACAAAAAAAGAUGCAAAAACCCACAAAGAGAGAAAAUCCCACAAAAUUAUUGAAAAACCUCACAUUAUCUUGUUAAAGGACGCCCACCCCCACCCCGCCAAAUAUGCACACCUAAGUCUUCCUCAAACUGAGGGAAAACCCUGUAUACAUGGUAACGUUAGAGAAAACGUAUGGGGUUGUCGCUCUGGGACGGGCGAGUAUAAAGCUAGGAGGGGGAAAAAUGACAGUAUACUCACUACAACAAAACCAGACUACACCCCACUGGGCAGGAUUGUUGCCAAAGAAUCUUGUGACCCGGAGCUUGAUUAUCAGCUUCUUUAUUUGAUGUUUGAUGGUUUUGAUUGUGGCUGUUUGGAGUGAAGCGGACAGCUGCUGUCACACUUAAUAUGACCAAUAAAUGAAUGUAAGUGCAUGGACUAGAGCUUGUGUUAAAGGCAUGCUCAGGGACAACGUGCAUUCACCUCAUCAUGAUGUACAUUUUGAGUUUGCUAAAAUGUUUUUUUUUAGUUCCCUUGUUUGUUUUGGCCGUGGCGUCAUAUCUUCUAAUAUACCUACAACUGAUGCAAUUAAAGCUAAUAAAAGAUAUAUCUAUUUAACUUUC